AAAGACACAGAGGGUAACCAUCCCUCCCCAUCAACAUGAGAUGAACUUCUUACCUUGCGUCUUCCUGGAAGUCUCGGAUAUUGAAGCUCCAAAUUCUUCUCCAGCAAAGCGGAGCGGCAUGGAGAAGCCCAAGAACCCAAGACCCGACCGAUCACGCGCGAUAAGCAUUGAAGACGCUAAAAUGGCCCCGCCCUCCACUUUCCUGCUCAGGAACACAUGGGCCUUUUCGGCCAAUCACAGCCGCGAAUUGGAACAAUGGUCGCUCCAGCAUGUCUCUCCACGUCACACUUUCCGUGCGGUGUCAAAGAGAAUCAGAGCCACAUUUUCAACAAAGAGACGGUGUGGCUAGCCGUUGCUUGGGAUAUCAACAUUCAACACCAACCUCCCGGUUCAUGAUGCGUUCUGUUUGUCUGUCUGUUGCGGCCCAACGGAUUAUCUAUACAGCAUGUUUGUUGACUCGCUGUUACUACGGUCCGCUGUAACCCUCCUGCUGCCUUCGCAUCGGACAACCUGCUCCUCUAAAGGUCGGCUUACAUAAUGCCACAGAAAUAUGCCAACCCUUAUUGGCCGCGGACGCAACGUGCCAGCGACGAGACCUGGGACAUGAUGAGAUGACACAGAUCAUGAUUGGUUUCUCAAAGUUCCCUGAAGAGAUCAGGUUUUUCUUGUGGGUAUUCUCAAGAAAUUGUACAUGUUGGAAUAUUAUAGCUCAUAGCCUUCUUUGACAAUAUGUCGUCGGCGAUGCCGCCUUGCCGAACAAAUGCAAUCCGAGCUCGGGAGCAGGGAGCCGAUCCUUCGCGGUGAUGUCCAACGUGCAUUUCAGCCCUGGUACCCCUCUGAUCCUGACAAGCCUCCGAAAUUUCUGCCCAUUUUCGCUGUUGUGACACUCUCCACCACACUCUCCAAACCAUCUUUCACGAUGUUGAUAUUGGCUCUGGUCGCCCUUGGCGUUUUCUGGCUUUACCGGUUCAACUCGGCCCUGAGAUCUACCCCUGAGGAAGCCCGCAAAUUCUCACCCAAGCGCUGGACAAAAGAGCAGGUGAAAGAAGCCUAUGAAAAUGUCAAGAAAAACCCCAUCAACUUUCUCAAACAUGUGCCCCCCGCUCAAGAGAGAAGAUACAUAAUCGUCGGCGGCUCGGGCCUUGUGGGUGGUGACAUCGUCCUCCAGCUCCUCGAGCGAGGCCAAUCCCCCUCCAGCAUCCGCAUCCUCGACUUCGCCCCCAUCACCAGAGACGACAUGCUCCCCAAGACCUCCGCCUGCGACUUUGUCCAAACAGACAUCACCUCCAUCCCCUCCGUCGAAGCCGCCUUCUCCAAACCCUGGCCCCCCUCCGUCUCCCACCUCCCCCUCACGGUCUUCCACACCGCAGCCGUGAUCCGCCCCCAAGAACGUCACCCCCUCCUCUACUCCCGCGUCAGCCGCGUCAACCGCGACGGCGCCAUCAUCGUCCUCAACACAGCCAAAAAGCAGCACCACAACUGCGACAUCUUCAUCGCCACCUCUUCAGGUUCAGUCAGCAUAACCCCCACCCGCUUCAUCCCAACCUGGCCCUGGCAGUCCCAUCCCGCCGGCUACUUCCAGCUCUGCAACGAGUCCGACUUUGACCUCCCCCUCCGCCCCCACUCCCACUUCUUCGCCAACUACGCCCGCUCCAAAGCCGAAGCCGAGAGGGCAAUCUGCUCCGCCAACACGGCCAACUUCCGAACCGGCUGCCUCCGCCCGGGAAACGCAAUCUACGGCCAAAAGACCGACCCCUUGGUUGGGAACAUCCUCCGGGAGGGGGAGUACAUCGCCUUUACUCCCCAGGUGAUCCAGUCAUUUGUCUACUCCCGCAACGUCUCGUUGGCGCACCUCCAGUUCGAAGCCGCGCUCCUGCCAUCCCCCUCUGGUACCGCCCCCCCGGCGUGUGCAGGGAGACCGUUCGUCAUAACAGACGCCGGACCACCCAUCACCUUCCGUGACAUGGCCCUAGCAUGCGAGACGCUCUCCGAUGCCAAGUUCGCUUACUCUGAGGCUUCGCCCCUCAUCAUCCACGCUAUCGCCCACGUUAUGGAAUUCUGGUCGUUGCUCUUGGCAAGAGCCCCGUUUUUGACGAGGUGGUUUGGGUGGAAAGAGGCAAAGGGGCCGAUCGGUAUGCUCCAGCCUGCGGUGUUGAAUGUGGGGAUUCACUCCGUGGUGGAUGACAGCAAGGCCAGGAGGAGGGUGGAGGAGGGGGGGAUAGGGUACACGCCUGUGGCGAGCACACUGGAGGGGAUCUCGAUGCAGAUUUCGGAGUUUAAUGAGGAUGUGAGGGCGGGGAGGAUCAAGGGGGUGGGGUUGAGGGAGGGAAAAAAGAUGGCAAUGGUUGCUGAGGAGGCGGGGGCUCUUGCUUCGUAGGGGGGAGGGUUGUGAGGAGGUGGUUGAUAUAUAUAUAUAUAUCGGAGUGACAACUUGGUCGGGUUACCAAUGCCGUGAGUUUUUGGCAACGAGGUAGGUAGGGAGGGUGAAACAGACAGUCUAACAAAAACUUGGCCAACGUCACACGGUUGGAGAAAAAAGUAUAAAAGGUGAACAGCCUUACAGAGAUUAGCUGUGCCAUAUCCAAUCUUGCCCUCUCUGUCUGUCUCGCGUGGGAAGCGUAACACACACAGUCUCCCGACACCACACCUCUGUUCAACUCCAACCCAACCAUAGAAACAGACG